AAUAUUUUUUCUGACAAACUUAAAAUACAUUCAAAUGAGUUUAAAGUUUCAGAACCAAACCCAAGCAAUCGUAAUCAACAGAGACAGAGAAACAAUGGAGUUCCUCGAAAAUGCAUUCUCUGCGCUGGAGAUUGACGCCGAAAACGACGAUCCAACUUCUUCUUCUUCCGAUGGCACUAGAAAAUCUUCAGGCAAUAGCAAGAAGAAAGUCAACGACUCUGAUAACAAGUUGCUGGUAAAUGAGAAGCAGAGUAAGAAAAAUACAGAGAUACCUCCAGAAGAGUGCAAAAUGCCACUGAUAUGGAUUGACUUGGAAAUGACUGGUUUAAAUGUUGAAGUUGAUCGAAUACUGGAGAUUGCUUGUAUAAUUACUGAUGGAAGAUUAACCAAAUCAGUGGAGGGCCCUGAUUUAGUUAUCCACCAAACCAAGGAGUGUUUAGAUAGAAUGGGAGAAUGGUGUCAAACACAUCAUGCAGCUAGUGGGUUGGCAACAAAAGUGCUCAAAAGUUCGAUUAGUGAAAGAGAAGCUGAACAGCAGGUCAUAGAAUUUGUGAAGAGAAACAUUGGAACAUAUCAACCUCUCCUAGCAGGAAAUUCAAUUUAUGUAGAUUUUGUGUUUUUGAAGAAGUACAUGCCGGAUCUGGCUAGCCUUUUCUCCCAUGUACUAGUGGAUGUUAGCAGUAUUAAAGCUCUAUGCAUUCGCUGGUAUCCUAGAGAUAAUAAGAAAGCCCCUUGUAAAGAAAAUAAACACAGAGCCUUGGAUGAUAUCAGAGAAAGCAUCAAAGAACUCAAAUACUACAAGGAGAAUAUAUUCAAAGGAUUCAGAAAGUGAUUCAAGGAGGCUACUUCAUUACCAGCAGUUUGUGUAUUACUAUUAUAAUUAUGCAUUAUAAUUAAACAAUAGAGUGAUUUGUAUUGGGAUUCCAUCGUUGUUACGCAAACCCGUCAAGUUAUAUAUUUAUAUCCAACUUAGAUGCUGGUUGUUUUUAA